AUGGUACAUGAUUUUGAUAAAGACGAGAAUAGUAAUGAUAACUCAAAGUUGAAACGUCUGUUAUCUGAUAAACCAAUGGUAGCGGUUGGUGCAGGAGCAAAUGCUAUUUGGGGUGCUUCACCACUGUCCAAAGCCAUUUAUGCUUCUCCUUUCUUCAAAAUUAUAACAUUCAAAGUCCCAGCUUCAUUGAAUCUCUUCUUGACAUAUACCCACAAGGCAACAACAUAUGCAUUUACCAAAGUGGUGUAUCCCUCAAAAGUGAUUGCUCCUGGUUUUGCUAGCUUCUGA